UUGAUGAGCUCGCGGACAGUCGGGCCUAUGAUCUGACAGCACUCACACACUCAGUGUGGAUAUGGCGUCGCUGCACCGUCACGGGAGGAAUUUUCACUUCUCCGUGGGAAUUUGCCAGUCACGUAGCCGCUGUUCACGGGGAUGAGACAUGGCGAUGGAGGACGAGGAGCGACACACGGCGGUGGUCACGACCGACACCACUGCCUCCAACAAGGGAGGGGAUGUCGGGGAGAGCGGCGCUUGUAUCGACAGGCAGCCGGACACGGUGGUCCAGCCCGCGGGGCUGAAUCAGACUGCGGGUCGGGGCAGCCGCAUUCGUCCUGGAGCUCCUGCUGCAACCGGGAUCCGGGUGUUGAAGCAGCGGAACAUGAAGAGGAACGGGAGCCGCGGCUGUGUCACAAGAAAGACCAGGUUUGGAUCGCGAGAGCGGGACUGGUUAAAGGGGGACACCAAGCGCGGCUGUCUGUGUCUGUACGGAGGGACGGUGGACCCUCAGCCCUCGGCGUCCACCCCUCAGACCGACCUGCGGCUGGUGCUCUGCUCCACCAGCACCACUGUGGAGGAGCUGUGUGCUCAGAGGGACGGACGCGGACUCUACGUCCAGCUACACGGAGACCUGCUCAGGAGGCUGGAUUCUUCUGAGCGUCCGCUCCAGAUUCUCUACGACUACCUGGCGUCGAUGGGUUACGCAGACGCCGUGCGGGUUCAACAAGAAGCGGCCAACUCUGACCUGAGCUGUUUGAUCCGCUUCUACAGUGAGCAUCCCGUUAAUCCCGACCAGCAGGAGCGCACGCUGCUGAAAGGCGUGUUCAGCGUCAGGAAGGGAAAGACGCAGCUGCACAAGUGGGCGGAGCGUAAGGUCAUCCUGUGCGGCACUUGUCUCAUCGUAGCCUCGGUCAAAGACAGCCUGACGGGGAAGCUGCACAUCUUACCCCUGGUGGGGGGAAAGGUGGAGGAGGUGAAGCGGAGACAACACUGUCUGAUGUUCAGCUCGGCCGGGUCACAGGCCCAGACGUACUUUGUCAACUUUGACACGCUCACAGACUUCCAGCGCUGGCACCGGCAGGCAUCGAAGGUGGUGUCUCAGACGGUCAGCAUGGUGGAUCUGUCCUGCUACAGUCUGGAGGCCGUUCCUGAGUAUCUGUUCUACUGCCAGGACAUCACUCACCUCAACCUGCGACACAACUUCAUGAGUGUGCAGGGACCUGGAGGUCUGCUCAACCUGCCCAGGUUUUCUCAGCUGAAGAGUCUCAACCUGUCUCACAACCGUCUGGGUGUGUUCCCUGAGUGUGUGUGUGAGAUCGUCACACUGACGGAGCUCAACCUCUCCUGCAACAACAUCCACGCUGUCCCACUGCAGACCGGCAACCUUCACAGCCUGCAGACUCUGUGUUUGGAUGGAAACCACCUGAGCUCUCUGCCUGAGGAGCUGGGCGUCCUCUCGCAGCUCAGCAGUUUGGGUCUCUCCUUCAACAGCUUCUCUCACGUCCCUGUGGUGCUGGAGAGACUGAGUGCUGUGGACAAACUGGCGAUGGCUGGGAACAGAGUGGAGACUCUGGAGCUGUGUUCUCUGGCCAGGAUGAGCCACGUGAAGAACAUCGAUCUGCGACUGAAUGGACUGCGCUGGGUGAAGAGUGAGAGUCUGGAGGCGGUGACUCAGCUGACGCAGCUGGACUUACGGGACAACUGCCUGCACUCGCUGGACCUGAGCUCCAUCUGUAACCUGGAGACUCUGCACUGCCAGCGCAACCAGCUGGGGGCGCUCACGCUCAGCGGGUUCACUCUGCGCAUGCUGCAUGCCAGUAGCAACCGUCUGACAACAGUCAACGUCUAUCCGGUCCCGAACCAGCUGACACACAUGGAGCUGUCCCAGAAUCUUUUGGAGUAUCUUCCUGACUGGGUGUGUGACUGCAGGAAAAUUGAGAUGUUGGACAUAACUCACAACCUCCUGUCUGAGCUGCCCUCCAGGCUGUUCAACAGCUUGAGUUUGAGAAAGCUGCUGGCAGGAAACAACUGUUUGCAGAGAGUGCCUGACCUACUGGACCAUGUCCCUCUGGAAGCUCUGGACCUCCAGCACAACAAACUCACCCAACUCCCCGAGAGUCUCUUCUACAAAGCCUUAAACCUAAAAUCCUUGAACGUCUCAGCCAAUUCCCUGGAAAGUAUUCCUCCAAGUAGCCAAUCAGAGGAGAGCCUCAGCACACUCCAGGAACUCUACCUGAGCGGGAACAACCUGAACGAGAACUGUGGUGCUCUGCUGGCUGGACACCACAACCUGCGCGUCCUUCACAUCGCCUACAACCAAAUGCUCUCCUUCCCGGCCAGUAAGCUGAGUAAACUGGAGCUGCUGGAGGAGCUCAAUCUAAGUGGCAACAAACUAAAGACGAUCCCCUCCACGGUGUCCAGCUGUAAGAGGCUGCACACCCUCAUCGCACACUCCAACCACGUCACUGUCUUCCCUGAAAUCCUCAACCUGCCUGAGAUCAAGCUCGUUGAUCUGAGCUGUAAUGAGCUGACUGAGAUCCAGUUGCCGGACUCUCUGCCUCCGACUCUGCAGGAGCUGGACCUGACGGGCAACAGCAGCCUGAUGCUGGAGCACACAACCCUCAACCUCUUCAGUCACAUCACCACUCUGAAGUUAGACCAGAAGUCUGCCAGCACAGCUGGAGACUCACUGAGCGUCUCCACUCCAUGGAACCAUGGCUACUCUGAGAUGAGCGGCCAGAGGAACAAGUUGUGCGUGUCUGUGCUGACCGUCGACCACUUUGGAGACGGCGUGGAGGCGUGUUACGGAAUCUUCGACGGUGACCGCAACGAGGAAGUGCCUCGGCUGCUGCAGUGCACCAUGGGAGACGUGCUGAGUGAGGAGCUGCAGCACUCGAGUGUCGACCGCGUCUACAUGUGCAACACUUUCCUCACCUCGCACAGGAAACUGGGCAUGGCGGGUCAGAAGUUGGGUGCUUCUGCCUUACUGUGUUACAUCCAUCGUAACCUGUCGGACCCCGGAGGAUCCCUCAGCCUCACCGUGGCCAACGUGGGCACGUGUCAGGCCGUGCUUUGCCGGGACGGCCGACCGGUUCCUCUGUCCAAGGUUUACAGCCUGGAGAACUGCACCGAGGAGAUGGAGAGAGUGAAGCUGAGUAAAGCCAUCAUCACAGAGGAUAACAAAGUGAGUGGAGUGACGUGCUGCUCUCGCCUGCUGGGCUGCUCUUACUUGUCUCCCUGGGUGCUUCCAAAGCCCUGGGUGCAAACGGAGCCUCUGUGUUUCCAGGACGAGUUUCUGAUCCUGGGGAACCGAGCGCUGUUUGAAUGGGUCUCUUACCAGGAGGCCGUGUGCACCGUGCAGGCCGUGGGAGAUCCACGCGCCGCGGCCAAGAAGCUGUGCACGCUCGCCCAGAGUUACGGCUGCAAGGACAACAUCGGCGCCGUGGUGGUGUCCCUGCACGUCGGUGAGGACAGCUGCACCUGUGAGCCCACAGUGGUCUCCGCCCCCGAGCCGCGGGCUCCUCCUCCCGCCCCAGCGCCGGUGACCGUGACUCCAGGCCCCGGCGACGCAGCCGCGCUCUCGUCCAGCAGCGGCGUCGUCUCUGAGUUCAACAGUGAGGCGUCGGCCUCUGAGGUGGGCAGUGAGGCGGGGUCCACGGCGUCAGACGAGCAGCAGUCGUCCGGCCUCGCCCCUCGCCCAGAGAGACGCUGCAGUCUGCACCCGGCUACUACACUGUGCGGGAUCAUGGUUCCCGGCCCGGCUGGAGCAGGAACUCACCCGGGUCUGUUCCAGCGUCAGCCCUCCUGUGCCACGUUCUCCAGUAACCAGUCUGACAACGGCUUGGACAGUGACGACGAAGCGCCACUGGAGGGAGUCAUCUCCAAUGGCAGCAGGUUAGAGGUGGAGGUGGACAUUCACUGCUGUGCUUUCCAGCUGCGCUCGGCGUCGUCUGAGAGCUCCAGAGACUUUGACAGCGAGAAGCAAAGCUCGGACUUCAGCAGCGGUAGAAUGCGCAGACAGAACAGUGUCGUGGUCUCGGCCACUAACGGUUGCCUGCUGGCUGUGUGUGGCAGGGAAAUUGCUGACCUGAAGAAGUCUCCGUCCACGUCCAGCCUGUUUGUAAAGAAGCUGUCUAACGGUUCUGUGGUGGCUCCUGAAGACAGUCAUAACCUCAUUGAAGUGGCCCUGGAGGCUCCCAAGAAGAAGUCCGGCUACUUCACGGCCCCAGCGCAGCAGGACCCUGAAGAUCAGCUGAUUGUUCCGCCAAGUCUGGAGCAGGAGGUGAGGGAGCAGCUCCGAGGUCAGAGUCCUGCACCUUCAUCAGCACCUGUGUGGGAUCAUCCUCACCCUCCUGUGUUCACCUCAAACCUGGUUCCAGGUCCGGGCCCGACUCCCAUUCUGCAGCAGGAAGUGUAUGACACUGCGCUGUAGAGGGGGCGUGGCACAGCAGAGGGGGGGGCGUGGCACGCAGCUGUGUUUCUGUGGUUGUGCCAUUCCAGGAAAGAAGAGAGCGUUCUUUUCUCAUACGUGUGGAAUUCAAGUUGCCAUUCAGACGUUUUUGUGAGGACGAGGAAUCGCGUGUGACGUCAGUGACGUGACACGCGACAGUAACCGUGUGUGUGCGUGGUCUGAGGAUCCACUCGGGACACGAUGCUGUGAAGACCAUUGGCUGGAAAUCAUCGAGCAAAGUCAACCCGGCCUGAACGAGGAAACCUCAUGAGUUUAAACGCGUCAGCAACAUUUCCCUUUACUUGGAAAGUCGAGCAGUGUGUCUGUGUGUGUGUGUGUGUGUCUGUCUGUGUGUGUGUGUGAGUGUGCGUGUGCAUGUGUGUGUGUGUGUGUGUGUGACGAUGGUCAGUUAGGUCAAAACUCUGUGGUCUCUCAGGUCCUGGAGAAAAGCCCUGUGACUGAAACAUGAAAAAGUGCCUAUGAUCCAGCCUGGAGCCCCGCCCCCCUCACACACACACACACACACACACACACACACACACACACACACACACACACACUUAUUUAGCGAUGUGAGCUUGUUAGUUGUAUUUGCACUGACACAGCUUUAGCUCCUCUUCCCAUAAAUAAGACUAAAACAUUUAUAUUUACAUGUGAAGCAGAAACAUUGUGGUUAUACUUUAUUUUUUUUGAAUCUUCAUCUAUAAUAAUUGAAUUCAGCCGUAGCUGCUGUCGUUUAGAGCAAAGACAGAUAUAAUAUAAUAUAACAGCAUAUCUGUGCUUUACUGAUCAUCGAGUCAUCGAAACAAAUACUACAUCAUAAAAGUUUUAUUUAUUUUUUAAGACUUAUAAAAUAUAUUCAACCGCACAAAACGCAAUAUUGUGGCAAACCAAACACCAACCAUUCAAAAAGAGAAACCCUAUAUAUAUAUAUAUACACAUAUAUAUAUAUAUAUACAUAUAUACAUAUAUAUAUAAAUAAAAUAUAUAAAAUUGAACGACAAUAUCAAAGAAACUAAAGGGAAAAUCAAUGAAAUGAAUGUACUAACAUGGUGAGGUGAGGUCAGACAUAUCACUGGUCCUUAUGGUCUUUUUCCACUGUGGUCCCGGCAUGGCACGGCACGGCACGGCACGGUCAGUGCCAGACUCCUCUGUUAAAUAUUGAGAUUUAAGACAUUUCUCUGGUAAUUGUUGGAGAUGAACCCACGUUUUUAGGAUUGUGAAGUCUUUUUAACUCAUCUGCAGUUGGAGAUCGUUCAGCUUGAUUCUUGUGUCAGACGACUCUUCCAGUGAUGUAGAUAGUAUCGCCUCAGCUCACUUGGAACCUCACCAGAGCAGGUACUAAAAAAAGGAUCAGGUACCAGGUACAAGAGUAUGUAGAGACAACUGUGCCGUGCCGUGCGGAGUUGAGUCGGCAGAAACAGGCCAGUAUACUACAGAGUUAAUAUCUGAACAUGCUACCAUUUUAAACGUCCAUCUCUCUGCAGACGCAGUGACCUGUUGACCUUAGUUUUAGUCUGCACUGCUCACACAACCCUGUGAUAUUUAACGUGUGUUAUUUUUCUCUUAUUAUCAACAGAUUCCAAGCCCAAAUGAUAUUAUUAGGCCUUUGUAAAAUUUGAUAUUAUAUCCUCCGUGUAGAACUUGGGUUACACACACACAGCAGAACUAUGAGUAAUAGUUUGUUAUAACGUGUUGAGUUAAACAUGAAGCAGCCUCGGAGAACUCGGCGUGUCCGUCCCUGAACUUCUCCACCUUGUGCCAAAAGAGAAAAGUCAUUCUUUCAGUUUAUUUUUGCUCCACACACAGCUGAUGCAAACAGCUCCACACGUCAGUGUUCCCUUUAAGCCUUAAAACGUCAGUGUUUUUAAAUGUUCCAUCCCCUCGUGCUCAGUUUGGGACUGAGGUUAAAAACCUCUCUGUCUUUGAUUUUUGUUCCACAGGCGUGAGUGAGUGAGUGAGUGGGUGAGUGAGUGAGUGAGUGAGUGAGUGAGUGAGACGUCGCUGAUGAAGCCUUAACUGAUGUGUGAGUCUGGAGCUUUUGUUGAUCUUGUUUUCUUGAAGGGAGCAAACACUGUUAAAAAAGCACUUUGUACUUCUAAAUAGUUCUUUUCAGAGUUAUCUAUAUUUGAGUUAUGGAUCACCUCCUGUCUGAGAAUACAUAGCCAUUAAAAUGAAGAUAAUAUCAAGUGACGCCACAGUCACUUUCUGUUCAUGUUUCCCAUUUUAAUAAAUACGUCUUUGAA